AUGAAGCUGGAAGCUUGGACACCUACAUUAAACCUUGAUGAAGACUCUCCAAUUGUGCCAAUAUGGGUAGUCAUUCCAGAAUUGCCUUGGCAUUUUUACUACAUGAAAAUUCUAAGAGGGAUCCUAUCUCCUAUUGGAAAGGCACUUCACUUGGAUAUGGCAUCUUUUCAAAAGACAAGGGGCAGUGUGGCAAAAGUCAAAAUGCAAAAGACCAAACCAAGACCCCAUCAUAUCUGGUUAGGAUUUGAUGAAAAACAUGAUGAAAAUGGAGAUGGACGGUGGCUAGAUGUCCAGUAUGAAAACAUACCUGAGUACACCUCAUACUGCAAAGACCUUGCUCAUAAAAUACAAACUUGUCCAGUCAGACAAAAGGAUAAGAAAAAUAAAAAGAAGAAAAACAAUCCAAAAGUCAACAAGGAAAUACCUGAUCAGCAAAAUAUCUCUGAAAAUCAACCAAAGGUGCAGAAUCAACAAAUUCAAAAAGGGAAACACAACAAAGAAGGUAAAGACAACAAUGUUCGAAACCACCAAAAUAGUAAGAAGCACCAAACCACAGGGCCCAACCCUUUAAAUGAUGAAUGGCAAACACAGAGGAAGAGACACUUCAAAGGCCUCCCAAACCUAAGCAGAAGCCAAGCCAGAAAAAAAAGGAGGGCAAUGAAAAGGAAGGGUACCAACACCAUUCAACACAGUGCUGAUAGUGACAACAAUGUUACCUUACCUAAAGAACAGCCUCAGAACCCAGGCAAGAUACCAAGAUUUGAAGCUGAAAAUACGAGCAGAGCUGAAGGCUACAGGGACAAAGGGAUUGAUAAUCCCUCAUUGCAACCACUUGUGAACAAAAGAAGAAACUUGGAAGAAAAGGGAGCAGCUAGUUCUUGUGAAGCACAGCAUCAGUAG